AUGCAGAGACAGUUUCAGCAACAUCUAUCACCCAAUCUUCCAUACUUGAGACCCACCAUGCGCAUCCAGUCUCCGCUUCUGGAAGACAACUGUGACAUCAGCGACCUUCUAAUGAACGCUCUUUGCAUGAAAUAUGGAGCCGUAUCAUCGCUAAAUGAUAAUGUUCUCCUGAGAGCUACAUCGGAAUUUGUUCGUGAAAAUCAAAACUACUAUGAGUUCAACAAAAGAGUUCCGAAGAGAGACAUCGAGCGUGCUAAAAUAGAAGUUCAAAAGCAAUAUGAAAGUGCUCUAAAAGCAAUUCGUGACCGGAGAGUCGAACUGCUUGCCGCGAAAAGCCUACUUAAUGAAAACAAGCCUAUUCAAUGA